CCCUAUCUCGUGUCCAAAGUCUCUUGUCAUUUUUGCUGAAAAAAUGGAUGGUGAAGUGAUUCUGUUGGAUGCAUAUGCUAGUAUGUUUGGCAUGAGGCUAAGAAUAGCUUUAGCUGAGAAGGGUGUCAAGUAUGAGUACAGGGAAGAGAACUUGCCCAAAAAGAGCCCAUUUCUUUUCCAAAUGAAUCCCAUUCACAAGAAAGUCCCUGUGUUAAUUCACAAUGGUAAACCAAUUUGUGAGUCUCUCAUAGCCCUUCAAUAUAUUGAUGAGGUUUGGCAUGAUAAGAACCCAUUGUUGCCAUCUGACCCUUACAAGAGAGCUCAGGCUAGACUCUGGGCUGACUUUGUUGACCAAAAGGUCCAUACCUUAGGAAGAAAAACCUGGUCUGCUAAAGGGGAAGAACAGGAGGCAGCCAAGAAGGAAUUCAUAGAGGCGCUCAAGGUACUAGAAGGGGAACUUGGAGAGAAGCCUUACUUUGGAGGUGAAGAGUUUGGAUAUGUAGAUGUGGCUUUGAUUCCUUUCUACAGUUGGUUCCAUGCCUAUGAGACUUGUGGAAACUUCAAAAUUGGGACUCAAUGCCCAAAGUUUGUGGCAUGGACUAAAAGGAGCAUGCAGAGGGAGAGCGUGUCCAAGUCCCUUGCUGAUCCUGAAAAGGUUUAUGACUUUUUUCUGAUACUGAAGAAGCAUUUUGGGGUUGAAUAAAGAAACACAUAUAGAGCGCUUACUGGAUUGCAAAUCUUUUUUAUUAUUUACCUGUUUGAUUUCUAUUGCCUAAAUUCCCUUGAUUGCAUCAGAUCACAGGUUAGGGUACUUCUUAACUCUGUCAUCAGGAUCAGUAGUAAACAAGCUGUCUGCUACUAGGCCAUUUGCAUUCAAGAAGAGCUAUGAAGAAAUAAUUGAAUCUUUCGUUAUGCC